AUGGUGGACGAGGCCUCGAAUGGCUUCGGCAAGGCCGAGGUGCCCAAGAAGCACGCCACGGCAGGGCCCUACACGGGGGGCAGCCCGGAUGCGGAGAGGCGGCAGCUCGUGAACAAGCUCUGGGAGGUGCAGCAACGUGGCUGGGAGGCCAAGGCCAAGUGGUGGAGCUUCUGCAAGGUCCAUGCGGAAGGAAACACCGACCCGAAGGUGCACGACGUCGCAUUUAUGCAGACUUUCUUCGAGUCUCUCGAGGCUGGCGAGAUAGCGAUCGAAGAGGGUUGCCCAUUCCAGCCGAAGGGGAAGGGCGACAAAGGCGGCAAGGGCGACAAAGGCGGCAAGGGUGGCAAGGACGGCAAGGCGGGAGGGAAAGACUGGGGCUCCAAAGGUUUCGGCAAGAGCUGGGAUUCGAAGGGCCCUCCAAAGGGUAAGGGCGGCAAAGGCGCCCCAGCGGCCGCACUGCCAGGUGGCGGCGGUGACGACUGCAAGAUUUUUGCGGGGCGCCUGCCGAGAGACUGCACCGAGCAGGAACUAUCGACCCAUUUUUCCUGGUAUGGGACAGUGACGCAGUGCGUGCUGAAGUACGACGACAUGGGCGGCUUCAGAGGAUUUGGUUUUGUCCACUUCGACAGCGCAGAGGCCGUCCAGAAGGUCCUCGCCGACGCCGCCAACAUGACACUGAAGGGGAAGUGGAUCGACGUCAAGCCGUCGACCAGCAGCGGUGGCGGCGGCGGCGGUGGCAAGGGCAAGGGCGACAAGGGCGGCAAGGGCAAAGGCGACAUGGGCGGUAAGGGUAAGGGUAAGGGCGACAAGGGCGACAAGGGCUUCAAAGGUGGAAAGGGCGGAAAAGACAAGGGCGGCGGCAAGAAGGGCGGGAAGGACAAGGGCGGGUGGGGCGGCGGCGGCUGGGGAGGCGGCGGCGGCUGGUGA